AUCCGGGUUCUCCGUUAUGGCGGCUUCUGGGUAGGAGAGUCCGGACGGAAGGAAAUAGUCAGGGACUUUGCGAGAGGCGGCGCUAGGGUUCCAGGUUCUGGUGGGAGACUGUGUGCUGAAGCACAGCGCAGAUAUGUCUGUGCUUCGCGUAGCCUUCCUCACACAUCAUCCCUGGACAGAAUGGGAUGGACUGUCGGCACUGGAUCAUUGUCGUGUCAUUGAGUCUUCGCUCCACCCUUAAGCACAAAGUUUUGCAUUUCCUUUUUUUUUUUUUGGUACCUUGCGGCUCCCGGCCAGGGGAGGUAGGCAUUGAGUACCGGCAUGCGCAGGCGCACUACCCGCGGGUGGGGCUGUGCCGGAUGCUUUUCUCUACUUCCGGACUGUCAGCGUCCACCGGACCCGGGUCGCGGUUGCUGGUGACCCGUUCCCCAGCCCUAGGGGCGGGUGGCAGGGACAUGGAGGACAGUAAUUGCGGUGAACGGGGCCUGGCGGAGGCGUCUCCCUUGGCCCCUGUGGGAGCUGAGGGCGUGGUUGUGGUUCCUCGGGAGGAACAGGGCCAGCUUCCCUACCACGAGGAAACCAUUGAUCUCGGAGGAGAUGAGUUUGGGUCAGAGGAGAAUGAGCCCAUAUCAGAAGACUGGAACCACUUUGCAGAUAAGCUGAGUGAGCACCUGAUGGAGAGUGUGCUGAUCUCAGACUCACCCAACGACAGCGAAGACGACGGCGGCGGCGGCGGCGGCGGCGGCGGCGAUGGCGAUGCUGUGCAGUCCCUGGAAGGCACCACUGAUCACGGACUGGACGGCGUCACAGAUAAGGAGGAGAUGGACACUCUGAGUCCGGACAGUGACACUGACGGGGACGACCCCCGGCGAGACCCGUCCGACAUGACACCCGACAGCAGAACAUCUGUGAAAGAAGGCGCCACCCAGGAGGAAGCCAAGGGGCAGCCUGCGUUGGAGGACGAGGAAGGCAGCCUGCACGGCUGGGCGCCCGGGGAGGAGAAGGCGGGCCCAGAAGCGCAAGUGUCCACAGUGUCUUCCGGUCAGGGUCAGUCUCCCAAAGACCAGCCUGUGCCAGUGUGCACCAUCUUCAGCCAGGUGAGCCCAGCUGGCUCCCAGCCACACCUGUUCCUGCAGGACGGCUUCGAGUCUCAGAUGGUGAAAUCGCCAAGCUUCAGCAGUGCCAGCGAGGCAUCAGCCAAGACCCCUCCUCAGGUGGUCCAGCCCAGCCCCAGCCUGAGUAAAUUUUUUGGAGAUACUAUCAGCACGAAUUCCUUGGCCUCCGACUUCUUUGAUUCCUUCACCACUUCUACCUUCAUUUCCGUCAGUAACCCCAACGCAGGCGCCUCGGCUCCGCAGGAGUUGUCCCCUCUCUGCACGCCGGUGGGAGACAGGUGUCCGGAGUCUCCCACCUCAUCUUACUCUGCAGGGCUGGACAGAUCAGAGUUGGGGGUUUCUAUGGCUUCCCUGGAAAUCCCUGAGUCCCCGAAACCAUUCUCACAGAUCCAGGCCGUGUUUGCAGGGAGGGACGACCCUUUUGCCACAGCCUUGAGCUUGAGUGAAAUGCACCGCAGGAGUGAUGCCUGGCUUCCCAGCCCGGGGACCAGAAGCGUCCUGACCUCAGUAGCAGCACAGCAGUAUAGCGCUGUGUUCAUAGACAACCUCACCAUGCCGGGCCUCAAGUUCGACAACAUCCAGGGAGAUGCUGUGAAAGACCUGAUGCUCCGCUUCCUGGGUGAGAAGGCGGCAGCCAAGAGGCAGGUCCUGACUGCAGGCUCGGUGGAGCAGUCCUUCAUGGGGCUGAGGCAGCUCAUCAGCUGCAGGAACUGGAGGGCUGCUGUCGACCUGUGUGGACGCCUCCUCACCGCCCACGGCCAGGGCUACGGCAAGAGUGGGCUGCCCACCAGCCACACAACAGACUCGCUGCAGCUUUGGUUUGUGAGGCUGGCGCUGCUGGUGAAGCUGGGCCUCUUCCAGAACGCCGAGAUGGAGUUCGAGCCCUUCGGGAAUCUGGACCAGCCAGACCUGUACUAUGAGUACUACCCGCACGUGUACCCCGGGCGCAAGGGCUCCAUGGUGCCCUUCUCCAUGCGCAUCCUGCACGCAGAGCUGCAGCAGUACCUGGGCAGCCCUCAGGAGUCACUGGACAGACUGCACUGCAUCAAGACAGUCUGCAGCCAGAUCCUGGUGAACCUGGAGCAGGGCCUGGCGGAAGACGGGGGCCCGAGCAGCGUCACCCCGGAGAGCAGGCAAGCCUCCGUGCAGCUGUGGCGGGCGCGCCUGGGCCGGGUGCUGUACUCCAUGGCCAACUGCCUGCUCCUCAUGAAGGAGUACGUGCUGGCCGUGGACGCCUACCGCGCUGUCAUCCAGUACUACCCCGAGCAGGAGCCACAGCUGCUGAGCGGCAUCGGCCGCGUCCUCCUCCAGAUUGGAGACAUAAAAACAGCCGAGAAGUACUUCCAAGAUGUGGAGAGAGUCAUGCAGAAACUGGAUGGGCCGCAGGGUAAAACCAUGGUUCUGAUGAACAGGGCCUUCCUGCACCUUGGCCAGAACAACUUCUCAGAAGCCCACCGGUACUUCACAGAGAUCCUGAGGUUGGACCCCACCAAUGCAGUGGCCAACAACAACGCUGCAGUGUGCCUGCUGUACCUGGGCAGGCUCAAGGACUCGCUGCGGCAGCUGGAGGCCAUGGUGCGGCAGGACCCGCGGCACUACCUGCACGAGAGUGUGCUCUUCAACCUCACCACCAUGUACGAGCUGGAGUCCUCGCGCAGCGUGCAGAAGAAGCAGAGCCUGCUGGAGGCCGUGGCCAGCAAGGAGGGCGACAGCUUCAACACGCAGUGCCUCAAGCUGGCCUAGGCCCUGGGCCUGCGACACAGGUGGACCAGUGAAGGCCCUUUCCCCACUGUCCCGGGCAUCUUACUUGUACAUGUGCGUGUCUGUGUGUGUGUGUGUGUGUGUGUGUUUGUGCAUGCGCACAUGCACACACAGUACUGGGCAGUCAGCCAGGACCUCCAGAGCUCCUGUCCUGGCUAAGUCUCUGGAUUGCCCAGGCUGGGCUCGAAUUAAUAACCCUCCUGCCUCAGCCUCCCAGAGUGCUGGGAUGACAGGCCUGCACCACGCCUGGCAAAGAUGCGGAAGAGUCACAAACAUAAGCUGUUCUUGCCGUUGGCGUUUUCCCCAUCACACUCCAACACCAGGAAGCGCCAGCGAGGCUCCCUCGCAGGACCCUCUUCAGGGCAAGUGCUGUGCCUGCUCUCCUCCCAUUCACCCUGACAUAGUUUCUUAGUUCUUGUAAUUUUUACUGUGUAAGUGCUAAAAUUAUUCUGAGUUUCUACAGCUUCGUAUGCAAUAUACUCCGAGGACAAAGGCUUUCAGAAACAUGAGUCGCAGAGCACAUCUGAAUUUAACAUUCGGAGUCUGGGUGACAGGAGCCAGACUCAUCUCCCCGCCACAUUUUUUUUUUUUUUUUUUUUUUUUUUUG